AGGGGUUUCAAGGAAGCGAGAGAGUUCCUUGUUUACUUGUCGUGUUAAGAAAGCAAUAGUCAACCUAGAAAAAUGGCAUCGAGAUCCGCACUUAGCCGACUUACCUUAACUGCUACUCGCUCGAUGGAGUCCGCUCGUGGAGCUACUCGUUACUUCAGUGAUGACAGGGGCCGAGUUCUGAGCGAAGAGGAACGCGCUGCCGAGAACGUCUAUAUUAAGAAAAUGGAGAAGGAAAGGUCGGAGAAAAUGAAGCUAAAGCAGGAGAAAGAGAAGACAGAGAAAGAGAAUCAGGGUAGUGACAAGUUUGUCUUUGAAAAUUAAGUCUUGUCUACCUCAAUUGCGUCCUUUCUUGCAGAAAGCUGAAGGGAGCCAGAAAUCCUGAUGGGGGUUAUCUGCACCAGAGGCUGUAAUGUUGCUGUGGCAAUAAUCUUCUGAAAUAAUUGUGACUUGUAUUGAGAUUUGGUGUUUGUACAGACUUGUCUUUUGAAUACACUUGCACAGUCAGUAAUAAACAUAGCCAUGCUCGUCAACUUGGUUAUGUACCUGUUGGAAGUUUUCCUUGCCUAAUUUUGACCGAUCUGGAUUCGUAGUUCGUUUUA